AUGAAUUGUGAGACGAACAAUAUUUUCAAGCCUCCUCUGCGUUUAACAAGAAGCACAGCAUGUCUAUUCAAAAAAGAAGAAUUGAAAACAUGUGUCGAAAGUGGACCUAAAGUGAAAGAGAAACGAAAAGCACUUUUAAAAAAUACUGUGGAAAAAGUUGCGGAAGUAUUUGAAAAGCGUUUAAAAUCUGUUAAUGUUAAUAGUACAAAACCAAAUGGAGUUAAAAAACAAUGUAUCGAUCGAAUAGUUGGUGUUUUGACACGAAAUCGUUUACGAUCUCUUUUGGAAAAUACAGAUUUUAAUAACGAUAUUAAAAAAAAUAUUUUGAGAGACUUUAUCGAUAACGGUUAUGGUACCUCUUCAGAUACCUCUAGGGAAUGUGCUGAAAGCGUGAAAAGCGAAUCAAGAGAUAGCUUAGAAAGUGGUUUUUCGGAUCCUUGCAGACUGAGAGAACCUUUGUGUUUUGAAGAAUUCACAAACUCAAAUAAUAGUAAUGACGUGACAGUAUUUUUAAAUGGGAAAUGUCCUAAUUCUAGUAGUCCUGAAAAUAAUGCAGAAAACCUUAGGAGUCAAUAUGUUCCAAAAGUUACUAUACUAGCGGAGAAAAAUGUCAUUGCACUCAUUCCUAAUGAAAAUUUACAAAAUUAUAAUGGUGCCUUUAGUUUAAAAAUAGAGGAUAGAAAAUUUUUUACAAAUAUGAGGAUUCAUCAUGUUAGUCCAGUUGUUUCUGUUAUUCCCCAUAAUAUCUGUCUAUUUGAAGCUUAUCCAGCUAUAUUAAUAGUGCCUCUUAGAGUGAAACCAAAAAAUGAAAAUUGGUUAUCUUGUUUUUAUUCAUCGUCAAACUCUGGUGAUGCCUUACAAUGGCAAAGACUUCCUAAAAGAAAUUAUUUUUACAGUAAUGGAUGUUUAAUAGUUACCACAUGUAAUUUUGAUUAUUUUACUGCUGUGCUUGAAGAACCUUAUCCAGAAAUAUUAAAACGAAUUCGUUGUCGGACUGGAGGUAGACUUAGAAUAAGAAAUGUUCCAGGCAUAGAAAUAAAUUUUCCAAAAGGCUGUUUAGAGCAUGAUGUCGAUGCUUGCCUGAGGGUUAUGUUUGACAAUGAGCCUUCAAUGGAUAAUUGUUCGGAUGUCAAUAAAAGUCUUUUAGCCUCUCCCAUUAUAUCUCUGGGACCUCAUGGGUUAGAAUUUAAUAGUAACAGAUUACCUGUACUCAUUUCUUUACCUAUUCCAAACUAUCAUGAAAUAAUCAGGGUUUGUCCUAAUGCUAAAUUAAUUGCUUACGAAAGUUCUACUGAUGAUGGUGAGCCAAUGGUAUGGAAAAAGAUAGAUGUCGAACUUUCCCCACUUAAUUUUAUUGGUUACAGGCAUGGAAUUUCUGGAUCAUUAAUACCAGUCGUAACUUUUCCAGUAUAUCAUUUUUCAUUUUUUAAGAUUAUGUGGGAAUUGUUGUCUGCAACAUUCUACGAAGCAAAAAUGGGAAUGACUUAUUUUUACCCAUACAUUUCAUUUUCAAUGAUGUGCCAAGCAUUUAUGGAAGAAAGUCAGGAAAAUGACAAAUUUGCUCUAGAAGUCAUCUGUUAUAGAUCUGAUAGAGUAGGGGCCAGUUUAAAACCAAAAUUAGUUAGACCUGGAAGAAUAUCAGUGAAAUUAAGAUCUCAGAUGUUUGAAGCUGAUGUUGAAGCUGGAGAAGAUAGUGAAAUGAUUAAGGAGGAAUCAGAUUUUAGAGGACGAGAUUUUGAAAAACAAUAUGCUUGCAAAUUUAAACCUGAAUCUAAAAUAGAAAAGGGAACUUUUGGUAAAGUUAUUAUUGAAAGAGUAUCGACGAAAAAAGAUCUUUUAUUCGAAUUUAAUUUACACAAAGGAACUAAUUGGAAACAAUUAGCAAAAGUUCUUGGGUUCACAAAUAGCGAAAUAGAAAAUAUGUUGGGAUUUUCUCCCGAUCCCUUUUUAGCAAUGAUGGAUAUUUAUAAUAGCAGAGGUGGAACUUUCGAAGAAUUCGUUCAGGCUACCUACGUCGUGUCACGAGAAAUAAUGAGUCCUGGUUCGGGUAAUGAAAGUACAGGAAGUAUACAAAGUCACAGUUCAAAUAAUUCCGGAGCUUCCGGAUCCGUUUCCCAAGAUUCUCCAAUGAGAAAACUUUGGAAAAUGAGACCCUGGGGUCGACUUCCAGAUUCUGAUUCUGCGGAUUCAAGUACAGUAGCUUCAAAUACAACUUAUCAAAGAGGGAGCAGCAGCACUAGUAAAGAUAAAAAAAGGACAAAACCUGCAUCCAAGGCCAACUCACCUAUAGCACCUAAGCGUAGGAAAUUUUCUGAUGCAUCAGAAACCGUACCGAGCACGAGUACCGACGAUGAAAUGGAAGUGCGAAAGACUGUGCCUGACGAAAAAUACAGAAAAUUAAGAGACAAAGACCUUUGGAGAAUAUCUUUGGGCAUUGCGAGGAGGGAUUGGAGAAAUUUAGGGCGCACUUUAGGGAUAGAAGAAAUAGUUUUAAUUAAUUUAGAACAUUCCCAUCAAUCUGUGGGUUUUCGAGAAUGUGCCUAUCAAAUGUUAUUAGAAUGGAAAGGUAGAAAACCGAAAAAAUGUACUUUCGGAGAAUUGUAUUCGGCUCUUUUAAGAGAAAAAAUGGUUUCCGUUGCUAAAUUCAUGGUUAAUAAAAUUCAGCAUAAAGAAGGAUUUAACGAUGACGAAAGCGAUUCGGAUAGAAAUAAAGUCGUUUUAUGGAUUAGAAAACUCAGAGCAUGUGACGCCACCAUUGAAGAAAUGAAUAUAAGAAAUGAAUUUAUUUAUGGUUUAUUGACAUGCGUGAAAAGCGGUGAACUCCGACCGCCUUUUACAGAAGCUCCACCGACCGAAGCCAUUAUAAAACUUAAACAUCUUUUGCCCAGUUCAACCGAUGGAAAAGAAUUUAACAUUGACUGGAUUGAGGAUUUGCAAAAAGCGGAUAGUAAUAUUCCAGAAAUAUAUCGGAAAUCUCCCGAUGGUGGUGAAUUUUUAUCCCAGCAACCUAUUCCAAAAAGUGGAGCUUUUUGUUAUAUAGCCAUAGUUAGCAAAUCCAUGACCGAAUAA